GCCAAAAUCCCACGGGAGCAGAAGAAAGCGCGGAAUCCCUAACUCGAUGGCGUCCGGCAAGCGAUGCCAUUACGAGGUUCUGGGCCUGCACAUCGACUCCACCGCCGAUGAGAUUAGAUCGGCAUACCGAAAGCUAGCCCUCCAGCGCCACCCCGAUAAGCUUGUCCAGUCCGGUUUGUCGCCGGCGGAUGCCACGGCUCAGUUUCAAGAGCUUCAGCACGCUUACGAGGUCCUCUCCGAUCCUAAGGAACGCGCCUGGUACGACUCUCACCGUUCCCAAAUACUUUUCUCUGAUGCCGCGUCGGUUAAUUCUAACUCUGUUGUUCCGAAUCUGUUUCCGUUUUUCUCCAAUACCGUUUAUUCUGGCUAUUCGGAUUCUGGACGAGGGUUUUACAAGAUCUAUUCUGAAAUUUUUGACAAAAUUUACGGAAAUGAGAUUAAUUUCGCCAAGAAAUUAGGAUUGCGUUUGGAUAUGGUUCGCGAAGCUCCGGUUAUGGGGAAUUUGGAUAGUCCGUACACGCAGGUGACUGCGUUUUAUAGUUACUGGCUUGGAUUUUGUACGGUUAUGGAUUUUUGUUGGGCUGAUCAGUAUGAUGUUAUGGCCGGUCCCAACCGGAAAUCGAGGAGGCUAAUGGAGGAGGAUAACAAGAAGCUGAGGAAGAAGGCAAAGAAGGAGUACAAUGAGACGGUGAGAGGUUUGGCUGAGUUUGUGAGGAAGAGGGAUAAGAGAGUGCUCGAUAUGGCCAUGAAAAGGAACUUGGAAAUGGAGAAGAAGAAGCAAGAGGAGAAAGAAAGGAAAAAAAGGUUAGAGAGGGAGAAGAUGGAGAAGCUUAGGGCAUAUGAGGAACCAGAUUGGGCAAAGGUUGAGGAGGUUGAGGACGAUGAGGAUGACGAGUUUGAGGAAGAGAAUAAGAGAGGGAAAGAGCUUUACUGUGUUUUGUGUGGGAAAAAGUUCAAGAGUGAAAAGCAGUGGAAGAAUCACGAGCAGUCGAAAAAGCACAAGGAGAAGGUUUCGGAGUUCAGAGAAACACUAGUCGAUGAGGGUGAAUCUGAAGAAUUUGUCGACGAAGUAGAAGUUGAAGAAGAAACGAUACUGCUGGAUGAUGGGAUGGAUAAACUAGGGGAGCAGUUCAAGGAGAGUUUUGAUAUUGAAGGAGAAGAAACACUAAGUGGGGCAGAACUUAGUGGGAGUGAAAACAACGAUAUUCAUGAAGGUGAUAGAACAGAUACGGGUGCUGAGGCACAAGGAUCCAAUGACGAUGAAACCGAUGUUCUUGAAGCAAUGGCAGCUGGUCUCCGAAAUAGAAAAAACGCAGCUUCAGUGAAUCAGCAUAAAGCUUCUCCAGUCAAAGCUCAGGUCGAAAAUGAGAAUGACGAGCGUAAUCCAGCGGAUUAUGAUAAUGGUAGGAGGGGAAGAAAAAGUCGUCGAGCCAAAAAGAAGGGCAAGGGAAAUGAUGAAGCUAUGAAUGAAUUAGAUUCACAAAAUGAGAAAAUCAAUGGAGAUGAUACAUCACAUCAGCAGGAUUCUCCUUCCCAGUUGCUGGCAAACAACGAAAGUAGCGAUAAGGGGGCCAGUGAAUUGGCAAAAGAACGAAAGAUUUUGAGUAAACCUGCUGAUCGGAAGGCGGUCGUGCAGAAUGACACAAAGAUCAACUCUAGGCAUUCAUCUAAAGGAAAGAAAUCCAAGGCAACAUCAAAGGAUUCUGGCAAUUUAUGCGCAACGUGUGGAGAGCAGUUUGAAUCAAGGAAUAAACUGCAUAAGCAUUUGGGAGCCACAGGACAUGCUGCGUUAAAAUAUUGAUAUCAUCGAUUUUUUGACCUUUAACAAGAUUUUGAAGCUAGUUCUGUACCACAUUGGGUGAGAUUUCAAUUAUUUAGGGACGGCAUGAGUUGCAGGAUGCGAUUCCAUGGCUAGCCAAGUAAUGAAUAUAAUAGCGUUUACAGAUUGUUGUCUAUCCAGGAAGGUUUUUUUUUUUUUUUUU